AUGUCUUCUCAGCUCGAGUACACCUCCUUUCUCCUCGCCGCCUUGACGGCCGGCGGCGGCAUCAUGGGAUAUGCCAAGACGCGCUCUGCCCCUUCCAUCAUUGCCGGCUGCUCCGUCGGUCUUCUCUAUGGCCUCGGUGGCUACCGCAUCCAGAACCGCCAGCCCUACGGCAUUGAGCUGAGUCUCCUUGCCUCUGUCGUGUUGGGCGGUGCCUCCAUCCCCCGCGCCCUUCGCCUCAAGAAGCCCGUCCCGAUUCUUCUCAGUGUCCUGUCCACAUUUGGUGCCAUUACCUUUGGCAGCGCCUACAAGAACUCUCUCUAG